AUGUUGUCCGCAACAAACUGGAUGAUUGUGAUCGCAGCUGCCAUGUUGGACGCCAUCAUGGUUGCUCGUUUAUAUGCCAUGUAUCAUGGAUCUAGAAAGAUGCUUAUCUUUCUUGUCGUAAUCUUCCUGGCUGUGAAUAUUUCCUGUGGAGUGAUGGCGGCGAUAAUAUUGAAGCAUACUUUUGGGGGUAAGAUUUACUUAUUGGACUGGAAGAUGGGGCUCAUUGGACAAAUACCAGAGGAGGCGAUACUUUCUGGCACCUAUGCAUGCAGUUAUGACGUCGAGGGAAAUUACCAACUUCUCUCAGUAGUAACUUGGAUCAUCACAGCUGCAUGGGAGGUCCUUGCACUGUGUCUCGCACUCUGGAUUACUGCAAAACAACUCCGUGACUUGCGACGACUUGAAACAUCGAUAGGAUCAACCAUCGGAGACUGUCUCACAAUGCUGAUCAAAUCCCACUUGCUUUACUUUGCAGGCUUUCUUGCUGUUGCUUGCCUCGAGCUUGGCCGUAACUCUUCACAAAUCUCGGACUUGACUACCAUGGAAACCCAGAUAUAUGAAGGCUUUCUUCAAUUUUUCUUGAACGUGCAGAUGUUUGUGUUGGGACCACGCCUCAUUCUUAGCGUCCGAGAAUAUAACGCUAAGCUCGUGAACGACUCCGACACAAGCACGCACAUGACUUCGGUUGCCUUUCAGGAACUUCGUGCUUAUCUCGUCGUCGGUGGUGCCACGAUCCAAAUCGAACUAUGUUUCGCAGUUUCUACCUUUGCUGCGGUGGUAUACGAUUAUGUCCUGACGCUUGGAAAAGAGAUCGAAUUGAUUUGGAAGCAACGUUGGUCCUUGAUGACUAUCUUAUACCUUAGUAUACGUUAUGUUGGACUACUGAAUGCCGUGUACGAUAUUUAUCCUGAGCACAUCAUCAGUCUCGGUCUCAGAUGUGGCGUGAGUGAGAUCCUCUAUGAGCAUGUUGGUUGA